AUGUCGAACGAGAAGCAUGAGGACACUAUCGAGCCUGCCCAGAGCAGCACCGACAGCAUCAACAUAGGCAAAGCAGACCUGGAAGAUGGUGAAGUCUCCAGGACAGGAGAGGGUUUCGUCAAUUUUCGAACAGUUUCGUGGAUUCACACCUCGGUGAUCUUCUUGAAGCAUGACGUCCUCACCAUUCCAUCGGCCAUGUUCACGCUUGGUGCCCUUCCGGAUGCCAUCAAUAUGCUUGGCUGGCAGUUCCCAAACACCUAUAUCGCUAAUAUGGGCCAACUUGUUGGCGGACGAGACGUGAAGGAGAUCGCUGGAAUUCUCUUCCUGGUCGCUUUUAUCAGUGUCGGAGCAUCCGGCAUGGUUGAAAAGCUUACAUGGAUCACAUGGGUUGUAUUUGCUUCAGUCUUCAUUGCCAUGUUCAUCGUUGUUGUCGGAGUGACCACACUCGGCCGCACAGCUGCGGCGCCUCAGUCCAGAGACUACGAAUUCGGAUACCACAUUAUCGCCAGCCCGACAUUUGCAGCUGGAAUUACCGCAGUUUCCACAAUAUUUUGCUCUAGUGCUGGAACAUCAGCCUUUGUGCCAGCAGUAAGCUGGUGCAUGGGCAUUGGUACAGCCGCAUACCUUUCCUUCAGUCUUGUAUUUUACAAAUAUUGCGGACAGUGGGUCGCAUCCCCUUCGCUCGGCAGUACUGUUCCAAUGGUCAAGCAGAUUGUGUAUGGCAUAGGACUCGUCGGUCUUUGCGUUAGUGGCGCACUCUACGUCCAUGUCAGCGCGGAGUACGUCUUCGUAAGGAUACUUCGAAAGUCGAAGCAUCUGCAGGCCAACACCGCCAUCCACUGGGGGACAUGGUUUGGAUUUGUAACUGGUAUAGGCAUCACUAGCUUCUUGAUCGCGUCGGGAGUGCCGAUCUUCAACUACCUGCUCUCUUUGGCGGGCAGUAUUGCGUUCGCUCCUUUGGCGUUGGGUUUGCCUGGCUGGCUGUGGAUCUAUGAUCACGCCGACUACUGGCGCGGUAACCUCUGGAGGAAGACCUUGUAUGGGGUGCAUAUCAUACUGAUCCUCAUCUCGGCGUUCUUGACUAUUGGUGGAACGUACGGAGUCAUGGUGCAGAUCAUGGACGCGUACAAAGAUGGGUCCAUUGACUCGGCUUUCUCCUGUGCGGACAAUAGUAACUCGUCCUGA